UUUAUAGUUUUGUACUCAGCUGGUUUCUCCUUACGCUCAUAGGUAGAUACAUAGAUCGGUUUGGCAGGAGUUUUGUCAUGCUAGUGUACGGGCAAACGACAAGAAGUAAAUUUUCGUUGUACAUGCGAUAGUGAAUGUGUAUGAGUGUGUAGUGGCCUCAACUCGAGCACGUACAACGUCAUAAUACGCAUUCUCGCAUUUUCACAUCUCACAUCUCAGUUGGUCUUACGGGUGUGGGAGUCAAGAAGAACAAAGAUCCCACUACCAAAUAUCCACCCAUACCAACAACCAACAACAACCAAUAUCCUAUUGUAUUAACUAUUCUCAUUUUAUUUAUUUGCCCUUCUAUUUCACAUUAAAUACGGAAGUUGAUAAGUUUGGAGUACGGGUAACGGUAUUGUGCAAAGAGGGCGGCCUUCGGUGCUGACAAAAGGCCCCGUGGAGGUGAGAUUUUUCAUACGCAGCUAGCCAAGUAAAAAUUAAAAAAAAAAGAUAGGAAAAAAAAUCCAGUUUCACAUCACUAUUCUGAGUGCUGACACGUACUCUAAUAUUAUACUCUGUGAAAAAGUGAUCAUUGCAUUUGAUUUACUAUUGAUAACAAAUUGAAGGAAAGUUUGUUAUUUUCGUGAUAUCGAGGACUGGCUGUUCGGGGGCAUAUAACCAACGGGAGAGUGAGAGAGAGAUAAAGAGGAUAGACUGAAGUGCAGACGUGUAUUAGUUGUCUUGGAGGUCAUCGGGAAUAAAUUUCUUUUUUAUUCAAGUGACGUUUGGUACAUCAGAGGGAAAACACCGAAAUGUCUACACCAGCAAGGCGAAGACUCAUGAGGGAUUUUAAAAGAUUACAAGAGGAUCCACCAACUGGUGUCUCCGGUGCUCCGACUGACAAUAAUAUCAUGAUAUGGAAUGCCGUUAUUUUUGGACCUCACGACACACCCUUCGAGGACGGCACCUUUAAGCUUACCAUAGAGUUCACAGAAGAGUAUCCGAAUAAACCACCCACAGUUCGAUUCGUUAGCAAAAUGUUUCAUCCAAAUGUUUACGCCGAUGGUGGCAUCUGUCUUGACAUCCUGCAAAAUCGUUGGAGUCCAACUUACGAUGUCUCUGCUAUACUCACAUCAAUUCAGUCGUUAUUGGACGAACCAAAUCCAAAUUCACCGGCGAAUUCACUGGCAGCGCAGUUGUACCAAGAGAAUAAAAGGGAGUACGAGAAACGUGUUGCCACGGUUGUCGAGCAGUCUUGGCUAAAUUUUCAGGAAAGUCAUGUUGACGAUGCCCGUUGACAUUAGUCUCAUCUGGCAAAUGCUCCGUACUCCAUCACUGGAGUUAUCCAGACGCUUUCAAUCCCAUUAUCACAUACCCAUGAUCCAACCCGAUGAUUGACAAAUGCAUUAUCAAAAUACUAUUGUUAUAAAUUAUGAAUAAAAGAAAAAGGAAGGAUUGUGAAAAUUAAUACGUAAAAGUAAUGAGUAAUUUGUUCUAGACGCUCGUCGACACGUACUACAUUAUUAUAAAAACAGCAGGAAAACACAAUUAAAUGAACACACACUGUUCCCAAAUUAGCUUCUGAUGCGGAGGAGUCUCAACAUUAUUAAUCCUCUGUCCUGUCAUUAAAACUCAUGUGAUGAUAACAUUUAAGUAUAUUAUGAUAUUAAUUUUGUGUAUUCACUUAUUUCGUGACGCCUAGAAUCGAGAUAUAACUUGAAAUAUAUAAUAUAGAGAGUUUGAAGUGA